AUGUAGAUCUUCGUCAAGACUUUGACGGGUAAGACUAUUACUCUUGAUGUCGAGCCCUCUGAUACCAUCGAGAACGUUAAGGCCAAGAUUCAGGAUAAAGAAGGUAUCCCCCCUGAUCAACAAAGACUCAUCUUUGCCGGAAAGUAGUUGGAAGAUGGAAGAACCUUGUCUGAUUACAACAUCCAAAAAGAAUCAACUCUUCACUUGGUCUUGAGACUUAGAGGAGGUGGUCAAGGAUCCAUCCAAAUCGAACCAUCACUUGCUGCUCUCGCCAGAAAGUACAAGUGCGACAAGAUGAUCUGCAGAAAAUGCUACGCCAGACUCCCACCAAAGGCCACCAACUGCAGAAAGAGAAAGUGCGGUCACAACAGUGAUCUCAGAGCCAAGAAGAAGCUCAAGGGCUGA